AUGGCACUUUUCCACCGCGUGGUGUACCAGGUUGUGGUGAUCCGCUCAGGUAGUUACGACUUUGAGCGAGUAGCUAUCGAGCGACGCUACUCAGACUUCCUCCACCUUCAUCAGGAGCUCCUGCUGGACUUCAGCGAGGAAAUGGAGGAUGACAUUGUGAUGCCCAGGAAGAAAAUGACGGGUAACUUCUCAGAGGAGAACAUCGCAGAGCGGCGCGUGGCCCUCAGGGACUAUCUUACUCAGCUCUACUCCCUCCGUUGUGUCCGAAAAUCACAAGCGUUUCUAGCGUUCUUCACUCAUAAGGAAUUAAAACCUUCAUAUGACCUCCUGCGUGGGGGCCGCUUUUCCCGGGCCCUUGAGGGCCUCCAGAAAGUGUUGGUACUUCAGGAAAAACUAUCUUCUCACAACCCUACUAUGGUGGUACCAACCUUGUGUGCCAUACUGGUGUGCCAAAGGGAUCUAGAAGACUCUGACGCAGCAUUUCAAACUGGCAGAAGAGCUCUGCCCACGGUGAGACGAUACGAGCUCCGGCAGUAUCAAGGGCCCCUGCUGGAGGCUCUUGUUGAUUUGGGCUACAGUCUUGGGCUGCCUGUGGCCCAGUUACAGGAUGAGCUGACCAGAGUGCAAGACUCUCCAAACGGGCAGGUGUCAGAGAUGUCCCUUAAAGAACUGGUGGUGCAAGAGUUUGUAUAAUCAGCAACAACUGCAAUGUAGUUGUGUUUACUAUAAUCAUUAUUUGAUUAAUUCCCUAAUCCAAAAUAUUCAACUUCAGAGAGUUAACAGAAUAAUGAAUCUCACCUGAAAGAAAAUUCCCAAAAAUGUACAUUGUAGAGGCCAGAAUGUCAUAGAGACAUGGCACUUUUCCACCGCGUGGUAUGACUCGGCACGGCUCGGUUUGUGUUUCCACUGCAGUUUAGUACCGCUUUA